AUGGCCGUGUACCGCGUGUGUGUGACCACUGGUGCCUACCUGGGGGCAGGCACCCUGGACAGCAUCUCCGUCACUCUGGUGGGCACGUGCGGUGAGAGCCCCAAGCAGCCGCUGGAUCACAUGGGCAGGGACUUUACCCCCGGAUCGGUGCAGAAGUACAAAGUGCGCUGCCCCGCAGAGCUGGGGGAGCUCUUGCUGCUGCGUCUGCACAAGGAGCGCUAUGCUUUUUUCCGCAAGGACUCCUGGUACUGCAGCCACGUCCGCGUCACCGCCCCCGAUGGCACCCUCGUCCCCUUCCCCUGCUACCAGUGGAUCGAGGGCUUCUGCACCCUGGAGCUGCGACCAGGCACAGCGAGAACUAUUUGUCACGACUCCCUUCCCCUCCUCCUGGACCACAGGAAAAGGGAACUCCAGGCCCGACAAGAAUGCUACCGCUGGAAGGUCUUUGCUCCUGGCUUCCCAGGCAUGGUGGACGUCAGCAGCUUUGAGCAGAUGGAGUCAGACAAGAAGUUUACCUUGACCAGGACAACAACUCGUGCAAACCAGGACGACAGCAGUGGGAAUCGGUACCUGCCUGGCUUCCCCAUGAAGAUUGACAUCCCAUCCCUGCUGCACAUGGAGCCCAAUAUCAGAUACUCAGCCACCAAGACGGCCUCGCUGAUCUUCAAUGCCCUCCCUGCGUCCUUGGGCAUGAAGCUUCGCGGGCUGCUGGACCGGAAGGGCUCCUGGAAGAAGCUGGAUGACAUCCGGAACAUCUUCUGGUGCCACAAGACCUUCACUUCAGAGUACGUCACUGAGCACUGGUGUGAGGACUCCUUCUUCGGGUACCAGUUCCUGAAUGGCGUCAACCCCGUCAUGAUCCACUGCAUCCCCAGCUUGCCCAGCAAGCUGCCCGUCACCAACGACAUGGUGGCCCCGCUGCUGGGGCCUGGCACCUGCCUGCAGACAGAGCUAGAGAGGGGGAACAUCUUCCUGGCCGACUACUGGAUCCUGGCGGAGGCCCCGGUCCACUGCCUCAACGGCCGCCAGCAGUACGCGGCCGCCCCGCUCUGCCUGCUGUGGCUCAACCCGCAGGGGGCGCUCAUGCCCUUGGCCAUCCAGCUCAGCCAGACCCCCGGGCCGGAGAGCCCCAUCUUUCUCCCCACGGACUCCGACUGGGACUGGCUGCUGGCCAAGACGUGGGUGCGCAACUCCGAGUUCCUGGUGCACGAGAACAACACGCACUUCUUGUGCACGCACCUGCUGUGCGAGGCCUUCGCCAUGGCCACGCUGCGCCAGCUGCCGCUCUGCCACCCCGUCUACAAGCUCCUGCUUCCCCACACCCGGUACACGCUGCAGGUGAACACCAUCGCCCGCGCCACGCUGCUCAAUCCGGAGGGCCUGGUGGACAAGGUCACCUCCAUCGGAAGGCAAGGCCUCCUCUACCUCAUGAGCACGGGCCUGGCCCACUUCACCUACACCAAUUUCUGCUUCCCGGACAGCCUGCGGGCCCGCGGGGUUUUGGCUAUCCCCAACUAUCACUACCGGGAUGACGGCCUGAAGAUCUGGGCCGCCAUUGAGAGCUUUGUCUCAGAAAUUGUGGGCUACUACUACCCCAGCGACGCGUCUGUGCAGCAGGAUUCCGAACUGCAGGCCUGGGUCGGCGAGAUUUUUGCUUGGGGGUUCCUGAACCGGGAAAGCUCAGGCUUCCCAUGCCGGCUGCGCACCCCACAAAAGCUGCAGAAGUUCCUCACAGCCAUCAUCUUCAACUGUUCCGCCCAGCACGCCGCUGUCAACAGUGGGCAGCAUGACUUCGGGGCCUGGAUGCCCAACGCUCCGUCAUCUAUGAGGCAGCCCCCACCGCAGACCAAGGGGACGACCACCCUGAAGAGUUACCUGGAGACCCUCCCAGAAGUGAACAUCACCUGUAGCAACCUCCUCCUCUUCUGGCUGGUCAGCCAAGAGCCCAAGGACCAGCGGCCCUUGGGCACCUACCCGGAUGAGCACUUCACCGAGGAGGCCCCGCGCCGGAGCAUCGCCGCUUUCCAGAGCCGCCUGGCCCAGAUCUCCCAGGACAUCCGGGAGCGAAACAAAGGCCUGGUUCUGCCCUACGCCUACCUGGACCCUCCCCUCAUUGAGAACAGCGUCUCCAUCUAA